GUUGGCUGUCUAGAGUAAUCUGCCGUGUCAGAGUGGACCGCCAAAGAUCCCAUUGGCUGUUUAGUACCUUCAUCUCGAGACAUCUAAUGUCGAUGUCGACGCAACAUAAGCCAUACCCAGAACCCGCCGGCUUCGGAAAGAGCACCCAGCUAAGACUCAAUGCUCGUUGGAUCGAAGGUUCCUGAUUCCGGUUUGCAUGUUCCGAAGGUCAAACCCAACACGAGAGAGUCUAAGAUUAUGGUUAUGGAGCGUUGUUGGCGGUUACCUCCCACCUCAGUGGUGUUUGCUCAGCUCACGGAUCAACCGCCGAUUGGGGAGAGCCAAGGUUUCUCGCCCCCACAGUCCGGCCACGGACUACGAGAUCAGCAGAUGUGUGAGCGCUGCACCAACAUGUGAUACAUCUCAAAGACCUGGAUAUGCAACAGAUCGGGAUCAAGCAGACAAAUAAUGCCAAAUAAAGCUUCAUGGGUUUAACCAGCA